AAUAUAUUUAAUAAUAGUUUAUCACAAUUUGGUUUGUUCCUGACUCAUUUUGAACGUUAAUUCGUCCGAGGACAGAACAAUGACCGAGUUUUUAAUUGAACCUCUUUCACUUUCGAAUUCUUCGUCCCGGACAAGGAAAUUAUCCUUGACGCUUUGUUAGUCGCCUUCGUUAUUUUGGAAACCUAAACCCUAAAGUAUAGAAUAGAUUUAGAAUAUAGUUAGUACACUUUUAUACAUAAUGGCUCUUUUACAAGUAACUGGUUUUAAGCCUUAUUCUGAACUCCGGGGGCAGAUUCUUCCAGGACAGAAGCAUCUCUUCGACCGAACCAACCACUACAGUUUCGGGACCAAAACUCUAGAAUUUGCUGUUCCUCUGGGUGUAGACCCUUCCGGGUUUCUCAAAUCCUGCAACCGUGAAGGAGGUGUGUCCAUAGACCUGAACCACGGUACGACCACCCUGGCCUUCAAGUUCAGACACGGAGUCAUCGUGGCUGUGGACUCCAGAGCCUCAGCUGGCGAUUACUUAGGUAAAUGCGCAUGCCUAGAAAAGUAUGGAAAAAGUGAUUUGCUUAUGAAUGUAUUUGUACUUUGUUUUAUUAUUUCACGCAGGCUGUACAGGCUGAGGAACAACAAGAGGAUCUCUGUGGCUGCAGCCUCCAAGCUGCUGUGUAACAUGAUGCUGGGUUACAGAGGCAUGGGCCUCUCUGUGGGAAGCAUGAUCUGUGGAUGGGACAAAGAGGGUCCUGGUCUGUACUAUGUGGAUGAGAACGGGACGCGUCUUUCCAACUACAUGUUCUCUACCGGCUGUGGCAGAAAUUUUGCCUACGGUGUGAUGGACAGCGGUUACCGGGAAGACAUGACGGUCGAGGAGGCGUAUGAACUGGGCCGUCGGGGCAUCACUCACGCCACACACAGGGACGCCUAUUCUGGAGGCGUGGUCAACAGUGAGUACACUUUGAGAAUGUUGUCUUUUAGAUUUUCCAUUUAAGUCUAUUUUUUGUCUCUAUUCAAGACGUUAUUUUUUGGCCACACUAGCGAUAUAGUUAUGGGUAAAGUAUAAAGUGGGUCGGUCUG